AUGGGACACAACCGGAGCAAAGGCCUGGAAGUGGGCGAUGGAAUGCCAUGCCUAAGAAACAAGCAGUUGGCCAGGUCCCUGUCCCAAAGACUGGACAUGCAGCCCUCAGUGACUGUGCAGGAGGGAAUGUGUGCCCAUGUCCCCUGCAGCUUCAAUGAUGAUGCACUUAUACACAAUGACCACAACUCCAUUUAUGGCUACUGGUUCAGAGAAGGGACUAAUGUUUUAUUUGACAGACCUGUGGCCACCAAUAACCCAUCUCAGAGGGUGGAAGAGCCAGUCCAGGGGAGAUUCCAUUUUCUUGGAGAUCCCAGGAUGAACAAUUGCUCUCUGAGUAUCACAGAUGCCCAAUCCUCAGACAGGGGGAAAUACUUCUUCAAUUUUGAAAAAGGAGAUGAUAAAUACAGUUACCACAAUAAGCCACUUUAUGUGACUGUGACAGACUUGAUCCAGAAACCAGAUACCUCUAUUCCAAAGAUUCUAGAGUCAGGAAACCCAGUGACUCUGAGCUGUACAUUUCUUUGAGCCUGUGGAGAAAACAGGCCUUUCAAAUUCUCCUGGAUAGGGGCUGCUCUGUCCUCCAAGCCACAAAGCUCUGGGGCAUCCUGCUCCUCAGAGAUCUCCUUCAUCCCUGGGCAACAGCAUCAUGGCACCAAUCUUACCUGUCAGGUGACCCUUCCUAGAGGCCAUUUGAGCAGAGAGAGAACCAUCCAACUCAAUGUGUCUUUCUUCUCUGCCCAGGAGAACAACUCUUGGCCCCUGAUGCUCACACUGCUCAGGGGAGCCCUCGUGGGGGCCAGCUUUCUCCUCACCUAUGGCCUCACCUGGCUCUAUUAUACUUGGAAGCCUCUAGGGAGGGAACAGCCACCAGCUCCAGAAGUGGCCCAGUCAUCUCUCUGAUGGCUCUCCUAGCCUUGA